GGGGGCAGGGCGGCCCGCGUCGGUGUGCGAGAUGGGAGUCGGCGAGCGGGGCCGCGCGGCGGAGAGGAGCGACGAGGACUAGAGAGAGCUCGGAGAGUGUCGGCCGCCCGGGGACAGGCAGAGAGGCACGGGGGUAGGCCUUGAGGUCGGCUAACAGUGUAGCCAUUGACAUGGCCACAGCCUAUUCAAGAACUGACACCAGUAACAAUCAUAAUGGAAGAUCACAGUUGCACGUAACUGUUGCUUCUGCAAAACUGAAAAGAAGAAAAANUUGGUUUGGAACUGCCAUCUAUGUAGAGUUAUCAGCAGAAGGAGAACUAAAGAAAACUGCAAAGUCAAAUAGUUCUUCCAAUCCAAAAUGGGAUGAGGACUUAACAGUGAAUGUAGCACAGCACACAAAGUUGGAUUUUAAAAUCUGGAGCCAUCACACUUUAAAAUCAGAUGCUUUACUAGGGAAAGCCACUUUAGACAUCAACCAAGCUUUGGAAUUGCACAACAGAAAAUUGGAGAAUGUUAAAGAAGUAUUAAAGCUCACCUUGGAAAAUAAGAAUCGGGUAGUGCAAACUGGUGAGCUUACUGUUUUCCUUGAUGGUAUGACAAUGGAUCAGGAAUCUGUACCUAAUGGCACUGCACCAGCAACCAAAGUUCAGCAAAAUGGAGAUGCCAUCCAUGUAAAUGGUGGUGACACAUCUGGAAGGGCUAGAACAAGAUCUUGCACAGAAACCUCCAACUGCGCAGACAGUCCAUCAACAAGUUUUUCACGACAGUCUGCAGCCAAUUCUCCGGUUUUGAAUGGGGAAAGUAAUAGCUCACCUACCCACGAAGCUGCCAGGCCUAAAAGUGCACCAGCGCCAAAACCUAUUGAGACCCAAGCUGUUAACAGUACUGUAAAUGGAGAAUCAACGCCAACAUCAUCAUCAUCAUCACCCUCAUCAAUAACUGUGACUGUAAUGUCUGUCAGUGAAGCUACAACAGAAUCUACAGUGACUUCUACGCCUACAGUUUGCACUAACAAUACUGCUACAACUACUAUUACUACAACUUUAUCUUCCAUUACUACGGCAAGUUUAUUAGGUACAACUACAACUGCUACAAGCAAUACCACAACUUCAGCAACAAGCACACCUAGUAACUGCGCAGCUGCUGGUGAUUCUGCAGUAACAACAGUUACGGACUCUGCUGCCGGAAGCAAUACAGGGGCAGACAGUGGAAAACCUGGACAUUCAAAUACACCUGAUGAGGCUGUUAGACAGCAGCCAAACAGCAUCAACACGGAACCAUUGCCAACUGGGUGGGAGCAAAGAAAAGAUCCUCAUGGUAGAACAUAUUAUGUUGACCAUAACACAAGAACCACAACGUGGGAAAGACCGCAGCCCUUGCCACCUGGAUGGGAAAGGCGGGUUGAUGACCGAGGCAGAGUGUACUAUGUGGAUCAUAACACCAGGACAACCACAUGGCAGCGGCCAACAAUGGAAUCAGUCAGGAACUUUGAGCAAUGGCAAUCUCAGCGGAAUCAGCUACAGGGAGCGAUGCAGCAAUUCAACCAACGAUACCUCUAUUCGGCCUCAAUGUUAUCAGCAGAAAACGAUCCUCUUGGCCCUUUACCACCUGGCUGGGAAAGGAGGGUGGAUGCAAAUGAUAGAGUUUACUUUGUGAAUCAUAAUACAAAAACCACUCAGUGGGAAGAUCCAAGAACACAAGGCUUGCAAAAUGAAGAUCCACUUCCAGAGGGCUGGGAAAUCCGUUACACAAGGGAAGGUGUCAGAUAUUUUGUGGAUCAUAACACUCGAACAACCACUUUUCAAGAUCCUCGCACGGGCAAAUCUUCAGUUGCAAAGGGCCCACAAAUUGCAUACGAACGUAGUUUUCGAUGGAAAUUAGCACAUUUCCGGUAUUUGUGUCAGUCCAAUGCAUUGCCGAGUCAUGUAAAGAUUACUGUUUCCAGACAGACUUUAUUUGAAGACUCCUUUCAACAAAUCAUGGCCUUAAAACCCUAUGACCUUCGAAGACGAUUGUAUGUAAUAUUUAGAGGAGAGGAGGGGCUGGAUUAUGGUGGAUUGGCUAGAGAAUGGUUCUUUCUUCUCUCCCAUGAGGUGUUAAAUCCAAUGUACUGUCUUUUUGAGUAUGCCGGCAAGAGCAAUUACUGUUUGCAGAUAAAUCCAGCAUCCACAAUAAAUCCAGACCAUCUAUCAUAUUUCUGCUUCAUUGGCCGAUUUAUUGCAAUGGCCCUUUUUCAUGGAAAAUUUAUUGACACUGGAUUCUCGCUCCCAUUCUACAAGCGGAUGCUGAACAAGAAGCUUACGAUAAAGGAUUUGGAAUCCAUUGAUCCUGAGUUCUACAACUCUCUUAUCUGGAUUAGGGAUAACAACAUCGAGGAAUGCGGCCUAGAAAUGUAUUUUGCUGUGGACAUGGAGAUUUUAGGAAAAGUUACCUCCCAUGAACUGAAAGCAGGAGGAUCAAACAUUCUAGUAACUGAGGAAAACAAAGAAGAAUACAUCGGUCUCAUGGCAGAAUGGCGAUUCACUCGUGGUGUAGAAGAACAGACCAGGGCUUUUUUAGAUGGCUUCAAUGAAGUGGUUCCGCUUCAGUGGCUCCAGUACUUUGAUGAAAAAGAACUAGAGGUUAUGCUUUGUGGCAUGCAGGAAGUAGAUCUUACUGACUGGCAAAGGAAUACAGUCUAUCGCCAUUAUACCAGAAACAGUAAACAAAUCAUUUGGUUCUGGCAGUUUGUCAAAGAAAUGGACAAUGAGGUGCGGCUACGCUUGUUACAGUUUGUGACUGGUACUUGCCGGUUACCGUUGGGAGGAUUUGCUGAGCUUCUAGGGAGUAAUGGUCCUCAAAAGUUCUGCAUUGAAAAGGUUGGUAAGGAAACUUGGUUACCCAGAAGUCAUACUUGUUUUAACCGUUUGGACUUGCCACCUUACAAAAGCUAUGAGCAACUGAAAGAAAAACUGCUUUUUGCAAUUGAAGAAACUGAAGGAUUCGGACAGGAAUAAACACAGCAACAAAUUUGUUAACUGAUAACAUCAAAACGUGUUUUUAUUUGAUAUCCAGCCACCUACAGUUGCACAGACAUUGAUUAUUGUAUAUAUGCUAUCUGCCCGACUGAAGUAAUUUAGUUCUGGAACUCAAUAGAACUGAUCUGCUUUUCUUCCAGAUUCAUUAUGCAAAAUAUCUGUCUUGAACAAUAUAUAGUAUUUCACAUAUCUGUGUUUUCCCUUUAUAAUAGUUUGAGGAGAAAACAGUUUGGCUGCUUUCUGAAACAAAUAAUGGAUUUUAAAAAGAACAGAAACAGCUGGAAUACCAAUGGCUCUAGUUUUAUAGAGCGUACUUGAAAAGAGAUUUGGUUGGUGUGCUAUUGGGCCUCUGCUUAGUCUUGGCUGUAUCUUCCAGGGAAAACAAACUGUGGAUUGCUCAGUUUCCACUGUUGUAACCUCUGCCACAGUUAUUUCUUGCAUGGCUGUCAUUAGAGUAUUUAAGGCUAAUGCCAAACACUGUCAAUAAGUAUCUAGAAUUAAUGCUGCUGGCUUGUUGAAAUAAUAGAAUGUGUAAAAUGCUGACCUGAGAUUUUCUUUUAUUUUCUUGUGUUAUUACUGUUUAUGUAUGUCUCUUGUGUAUAGCAGACUCGAUAAAAACAAAAGUAGAGGUGAUGGGCAGUACCUCAUAAUACUAAUAUAAUGUAAAUUUAUAUACAAAAAGCUAAUGUGGACAAUUUUCACAGUGUAAUUAUGCAAAAUAUUACCUCUGUGCUGCUUUCAUGUUCAGCCUUUUAGAAGAGUUACAUUUAUCAAUCAGGAAUACAAAAAGUAUAAAUCAAUAUGUAAGCUUUGCACAUUGUAAGGAAUGUUGUGUAAUUAGUUUUCCAUUGCAAUAUUAUGCUGUUUUCCUAAUGGCUUUCAUGUAAAUUACAUUGUAUUCAGAGGUUUGAUUUCUUCUCUGGCUUUGAAAUAUAAUUUCUAAUGUAGACCUUCAAUUCUAGAAAUAUUCAAGUGAUUUAUUUUUUUCUUAAAUACAGAAGUUUCAAAACAUGCAAGAAAAGGAUAAGUUUAAAAUAGUUUCACCAGUAUUGAGGACAUCUACUUAAUUACAACCUGUAACAAAAUUCUAUUUAAAAUCAUAAUUAUGUGAAUUAUAUGAAACUGCAAACUAACAGAUCAUUAUCUUGCAGUGAAUGGGGAGCUAUGGACAUUUGAAAUGUAACAUUUGUAACACUUUAAAUUUAAACAUUGUAAAUUCCAUUAAAGUUUUUAAUUUGUAUAAAGUUUUGUAAACCCCUGAGUUUGGUCAGUUUUUCCCCAUUGCAAAUCAAAUUAUUUUACUGUAACAUAUCAAGUGUAGUCAACACUGUAAAAAUUGUAACAGCUAUUGCUGUAAAAAGUAAAGUGUACAGAAAUUGUUGAUAUGACUUUUGUUAUUUGUCCCUACCUGCCAGCUGGUGUCAUUAUUGAGAAAAGGGUAUUUCCUGAAGUGUGUUAGAUCGGCAUUCAAACUUCUGUUUAUCUUCUGUCAGGUGCUCAAGAUAACCUCUUCCCUUCAAAUUUCGCUGCUAAUUGUGUAUGGAGAAAUAGCUUGAAAUAUAUGGUAAUUUCCGUUCUCCCUCUUUUUCUGUGUACGUUUAUUGUUUCAUGUUAGAUUUUCUCAGAUGAAAGCCAACUAAAUUCUUGUCAAUCUGUACUAUUGGCAAGUGGGAAAAGUGCUGGACUGCAAUUUAUAAAUGUACCAAAAUAAUGCUAAAAGCCACCUUUAAAGACAUUGACAAAAAAAUCAUUGAGCUAUUUGUAGUUUGAUAUUUUUGAGAAUUUGAAUACAAAGUGAAUUUCUGUACAAGUGACAGAGUGAUAUUAACUGGUGCCAGAUGGACAGUCAGUUUUAUUUCUCUGAACACUGAACUGCGCAAGCAAUCUAGUGAUGAAUAACUGUGUGAUUCAAGCUCAAUAUCUUCUUUCUGGUUGAGUCAAAUACUCAACACUUGAGUUGCCUACUGAAGAACCUUUGUUUUGCAAAUAUAUAUAUAACAGUACACAAAAUACAUGAUGUAGAGUAUAACGUUUAAUAUUGCAAGGCAAUAGUUUCAACCUGUACAAUUUCAUUAUUGUAGAAUUCUAAAAUGAUUUACAAACCUUUAAUAAAAAUUCUUUUGAUUGAG